ACGAUUGUUAAUUAGAGCUAGCCAUGGACAACGCUCGAGAGAGUGAGGAUGAGCAUUGCCUGUACGCGCAGGAGCUCGUGUUCGCCUACAACCGCUCCAUGGUGCUGCGAGCGGCGAUCCAGCUGGGCCUCCUCGACGCGCUCGCCGCCGGCGGCGACGCGCUGACCACCGACGAGCUCGCCGGGAAAAUCCAGGCCACGGACGGCGUCGCGGUGGAUCGGAUUCUCCGGUUCCUCGCGUCCUUCGACGUGGUGAGGUGCUCAACAGAGACGAGCCCCGACGGUGGCGCGGCUCUGAUCCGGCGCUACACGCCGGCGCCGGUGUGCCGGUGGCUCACCAAGAACAACGGCGAGGGGUCGCUGGCUCCAUUCUCCAUGUUUAUUAUCGACGAAGACCACCUAUUGCCCUGGCAACACAUAGCGGAGGCGGUGGCGAGCGGCGGGCCGGCGCCGUCCGAGAGGACCCACGGGAUGCCCUACCACGAGUACAUAGGGAAGAACAAGAGGCUGGGCGGGCUGUUCGACCACGCCAUGGCGCAGCACUCGGCGAUCCGGGCCCGCAAGAUGCUCGAACGCUUCGAAGGUUUCGAUGGCAUCCAGCGGCUCGUCGAUGCCGGUGGAGGCGACGGAUCCACCCUGGGGAUGAUCACCUAGCGGUAUAAGCAUAUUAGGGGCAUCAACUAUGACCUGCCUCACGUCAUCUCUCAGGCCCCAUCUCUUCCAGGCGUGGAACAUAUAGCUGGAGAUAUGUAUGAGAGUGUGCCCAAUGGAGAUGCAAUUCUUUUGCAGUGGAUGCUCCUUAUGUUCAGUGACGAGGACUGCAUCAAGAUACUGAAGAACUGCCACCAAGCUCUCCCUGAAGGCGGGAAAGUGAUCAUUGUGGAAGGUCUUCUGCCAGAGACCCCAAAUACUACUCCAGCUGCGCAGGAUUCAUUCACCAUGGAUAUGAUCUUGUUUGUCCUCUUCAAGGUAGGGAAGCACAGGACAGAGCAAGAGUUUGCAAAGCUUGCCAAGGAGUCUGGCUUUACCGGUACCUUCCGGUCGACCUACAUAUUCUUGAACUUCUACGCCCUUGAGUUCAAUAAGUAGCUACACCUAUAAAACAGUAUGGUCUUGAAUAAGAGUUGCUAGCUCGCGUGUGUACUUAUGUCUCUCUAUGAUAUGUUUAUAUUCCAAUGUAUGUCCCUAUUGUGUCACUAUAGCUAAUCUAAAUGUUAAUCUUCGAUAUACCAUCUAUAUCUAGGUUUCCGGUGGACUUUCGUCCGUCACCCCCUGUCCGCUUCGUGAUCGUGACAUCGGUUUAGAUCAGGAUUCACCGCUGGCCUCAAUGUUGGU